UUCAAGAUGGGUGCCGGCUUACUGGUAUUAGAAGUGAGUGCAGUAUUUUUUCUGACGUUGUUAUUACUAAAUAAAUAUGGUAGUUGGCGACAACAGCAUUUCAUUGUGACGAUCUCAACAUUUAUUAGCUGGUUCUUUUCUUUCAUCAUCAUCUUUAUUCUACCACUGGAUAUUGCUAUCACAUUUUACAACCGUUGCCUACUGGAAGAGGCACAGUUAUCAAUCGAGAAAGAUCUGGACGCCAAUAACAUUACAAACCUAGUAUGCAGAAAACCGACUGGCUUUGUACCUGAUUACGUUUUGCUACGAUUGUGGCGUGUCGUUUAUUGGACAGCACAGUUUUUAACAUGGAUUGUAUUACCAUUGAUGCAGAGUUACUCAGAUGCUGGCGAUUUUUCGUCACUUGGUAAAUUGCGAUCUGCUAUAUAUAGCAAUGCUGUAUAUUACGGAAUCUAUCUUGCUGUUUUCUUUAUGUUAAUGAUUUAUGCUGCUGUGAAGGGAGUGGUAUUAAAUGCGGAACAUUUGAAAGUGAUCCUUAUUUCUGCCUCUAACACCUGGGGUUUAUUUUUAUUGGUGGUUCUGCUAGGUUAUGGCUUAAUAGAGGUCCCACGACAAUUCUGGCAAAUGGGAAAUCGAGAUUAUCGACUAAACAAAACGUAUUUUGAUAUAGAUAAACUAUCGACGGACAAAAACGACGCUGAGGAUGCCGUUCGAGAGGCAUAUAAGGAAGCUCGAAGCGUCUUGACGCUGCUGUGUAAUGAGCAUACAUUACGAAAAUAUGCACAGACAAUUGUGGCAAAGUUUCCACAGGAAUUGGUCUCACAGAUUACUUCGACAUCGAAUGAUGGUUUACCAGUAGCUUCCAACAUCGCACCAAAUAGUGAAGCUUCUGUUGCAAACGAGAAAUAUUUGAUACGGUUACAUAAACGUGUUAUUAAUGCCGUACAGAAUCAUCAUAGAAGACAAGCACAAUGGAAUGCUUUAUUACUUCGAGCCUUAUAUCUAGAAGAUAUUCACCAGGCCGAAAUGACAGGCCAAUUUGUCAGAACUAAGGGACGUCAGACAAGUUUUUUCCACUGUCCAUCUCGCGUUUGCUUUUUGUGGCAUGUAUUGUAUAAGAGGAUUUUUUUGAAGAUUCUCGGAGUUUUCUCCUAUGUAAUAACUGGAUUCGUGAUGUGGAGUGAAUGCACUUUUUUCACCAUACAUCCACGGCUUUCAUUAGCAGCCCUGAUUGUUCAUCAUGCGGCACACGAUUAUCAUUACCUUCAUAUUCAGAUCUAUGCAGCUGUAAUUAUAUCUUACCUUUGUAUCUGUGCAUAUUAUACAGUGUUUAAAUUGCGAAUAUAUCGAUAUUAUCAUCUGGACUCUCAUCAUAUGACCGAUGAAAAUAGCUUAUUGUUUAGCGCUAUCUUACUGUGUCGUCUUACUCCGCCAAUAUGUCUUAAUGUGUUGGGAAUGAUUCAUCUUGACUCGCAUAUUACUUCAGAUGCAGAAUUUGGAGUCGAGACACAGUUUACAAAAUUGAUGGGUCACUUAGAUUUAAUACCAGUUCUGGCGAAAGGGAUCAAUAUCUAUGUACCCAUUCUGAUUGUUUUACUUGCCCUGGGAACUUGGUUCAAAUUGGGAACUCGAUUACUGCACUUGCUUGGCAUUGAUCAGUUCGUUAGCGAUGAUGAAAUGACUGUGGAAUUGAUUAAUGGUGGAAAAGCUCGUGUUUCGUUGGAGCGUAAUAAGAUAAUGCGUGCUGCUUAUCGUGAAGAAAGGGAUCAGUAUUGGGCCGAAAAAUUAACAAUGAAAACAGCUUUAGAUCAUGAAGCACUUAGAGGUGGAAUUAGUGGUUCCCAGCCAGAUUACCGGUUACCAGGUAUUCGUGAAUACAGUGAUCGUGAGCCAAUAAUGGCAGCUGAUAAUGGAGAAUAUUCAUCAUUUGAUUUAAUCAGUAGUGGAGGUUACGAAUUUUCUGAUACGCAUCCUUCACCAAAUAUGUUCGAUGAUCUCUGA